AUGAUCGGCAACACACUCAUUAUGACGCUCAAAGUGCUGGCGUGGCUCAAUACGGGCUCGAAUGCCAUGCUCUCGGAAGCAAUUCACUCGCUCGUGGACACGGACACUAGCAACCAGGCGAUUCUGAUCUUGGGCUUGAAGCAAGCAUCGGGUGUGCCGCAUAAAAAGCACCAAUAUGGAUACACACGUGCUGCGUACUUUGGAUUGUUCAUCUCUGCGCUUGGCUUAUGCUGGUUAGGUUCUGGGGUGACGGUUGUCCACGGGAUCCAGUCGCUCUUGGAUCCUCCGAAAGAGCUUUUUCUUUCGUGGGAAGUGUGGGGUGUGCUAGCAGCUUCUUUUGGCAUUGACGGAUGGGUGCUGAAGCGGUCAGUACAGGAACUGAGGGCUUCUCAGCCCCAAGACAUGUCGUUUUACAAGCAUGUGACGCGGACAAAGGAUCCGUUUCUGAUGGCUGUGCUGCUGGAAGACAUGUCAGCAUGUGUGGGUAUCGUUAUUGCUGGAUGUGGCAUUGGGGCCAGCCACAUUACAGGCAACCCGAGGUAUUUAUUGGGCCAGUCAGUGGAACCGGAAAUCGAGAAUGGCAUCCGUGAGCUGCUGCUGGCGCGUCCGUCCAUUGGCAACGUCUAUGCUGUCCAUUCACAGUGGGUCGGGCCAUCGACAUUUAGUUACAAGGCUGAAGUUGACUUCGAUGGGACGUUCUUGGCGGCGAAACUGCUGCGAAUGUGCAAGCCGGUGUUUUUAGAGACAAAAGAUUUUGAAAAAGGUUUGCCGCUCACGCUUGCUUGGUACGCGGAGGAUGUGACUCGUCUUGUCGAGAAAGAGGUGCAAGAAGUAGAAGAGGUUAUUCGCGGCAUUUACCCCGAGGCCGCCUUCAUCGAGUGA